UGUAAAUUUUCUUUAUUUUUUUUUUUUUUUUUUUGAAACAUUUGAUUUUGUAAAUUUGAUGUUAUAUCUAUAAUUUUUUUUUUUUUUGUAUGUGCAUUGGAGUGUUUUUGCUGUUAUAUAUAAUCAACUGUUGUAGUUAAAUUUCAACUUCAGCACCUUCCACAAAGUUGACACAGACACCACCACAGACAAGAAUACACCCAAAAAAUCCCAAAUGGCAACACUGUCAGCUUCAAUUUCCAUCUCCCCAAACCCUAGCUUCACCUCCUCCCACAAACCCUCUCCUCUCUUCUCACCCCCUCACACUCUCAAAAUUCCUGCCUUCGCCCAAAACCCCAUUAAAUCCUUAACCCUCCACUCCACGGACGCGCCUUCCCGCGCCUCUCUCGUCGUCCCACGCGCCGCCUCACAAUCAUCUUCAUCCUCCAAUAAUGCCACCUCGUUCCACGGCCUCUGCUACGUUGUGGGCGACAACAUCGACACAGACCAGAUCAUCCCUGCCGAGUACCUCACCCUGGUCCCGUCCAAACCCGCCGAGUACGAGAAGCUCGGAUCCUACGCUUUAAUCGGCCUCCCAGCGUCUUACGAAGCUCGGUUCGUGGAGCCGGGGGAGACCAAGUCGAAGUACUCCAUCGUCAUUGGCGGCGCCAACUUUGGCUGCGGCUCAUCUAGGGAGCAUGCGCCUGUGGCUCUAGGCGCAGCUGGGACGACAGCUGUGGUGGCUGAGUCGUAUGCGAGAAUCUUCUUCAGGAACUCUGUGGCCACCGGAGAAGUCUACCCGCUGGAAUCGGAGGUGAGGAUCUGCGAGGAGUGUAGGACUGGUGACGUUAUCACGAUCGAGCUUGGUGAGAGCCGUUUGAUCAAUCACACUACUGGAAAAGAUUACACAUUGAAGCCUAUUGGGGAUGCUGGGCCUGUUAUCGAGGCUGGUGGCAUUUUCGCUUACGCUAGAAAAGCUGGAAUGAUUCCUCAACAGCCUGCUGCUUAAAUUUUAUUCUUCUUUCAGGGUUUUCAUCAUGGUAUGAGUUGUAAGGGCCAAUGAAUAAUAUUGAUUACCAUAAAUCUUUAGUAUUUACAGCAAAGCUGAUCAUGGUCCUUGUUUUCUGAGUUUGGAAAUAAACCAUUGAAUUGAUUUUACCUAUUUGAUUAGGAUAUGUCCAUUAGAACGGUCUAUUUUCUUAUUGUAUUACUUUGUAUUAGAAUUUUCAGUUGUUUGAUGUAGCUUGUUAUGACUUAAGUUGGAGCAAGAAAAAUUGAAGUUUGCUUACAGAACAUAUUUAUAUAUAUAUGUGGUUGCUUUUGAAA